AUGGCUGAUGCUGCAGCUAAAGCAGCGCUCAACAGAUCUGUGACACCACUUCUUAGUCCAUGCACUGAUUACAAGCCUGUGACUGGAUCGUAUAUCCGAGAUCUGAUGCAAAAGAAGUGCAUGAACAUGUUGUGUUUCCAUAAUUUGGUCAUCCUCCACCGUAUGAGUGGGAUUAUGAGUGUCCGAGCAGGCGUCUGUGCAUUCAACACUUGUCAAGGGAGCAGAUGCCUAGAGACUCGUGCUGGAACGACUGCCUGUGUCAAAGGGGGACAUAAUCAAGCACAACGACAGACAACUGUUAUCACCACUCUCAUCGAUGCCUGCACCGUUGGAGACCUGCCUCAAGUCAAAUACAUAUUGUCUCAAGAUAUUGCAAACAUCAAUAAAAGAGGGAAGAAAGGUAUGACACCAGCGAUGAUAGCAGCACAGAAAGGACACAGAGAGAUACUUGAAUUACUUGUGAAGAAAGGUGCUGACCUGUGUCUAUUAGAUGAUGAUGACAACAGUAUCUUACAUGUGGCCUCUAAAGAGGGAAACGUGGAGAUAGUGAAGUAUAUCCACUCACAGAACAUCAUUGACAUUGAAAGUAGAGGGGACUACGGGAAUACACCGGUGAUGUUUGCUGCACUAUUUGGAAAGAUGGAAGUGUUGUUUUUUCUUGUGAAAAUAGGAGCUGAUCUAUCAAAAUUGAAUGAGGACGGUGAGAAUAUCCUCCAUCUUUCCAGUCGAGGAGGAGAUGUAGAGAUAGUGAAUUAUGUCCUCACACACAAGAUUGUCGAUAUAAACAGUAGAACGUACGCUUUGAAGACACCAUUAAUGCUGGCAGCGAUGUCAGGGACGAGUAAAUUGUUUCAGUUAUUGAUAGAGAGAGGAGCUGAUAUCGCACAAUCACAUGACAGUACGGAACUCCUUGAAUAUGCCUGCAAAGGUGGAGAUGUUGAUAUAGUGAAGUGUGUCCUCAACCUAGCCAAGGUGGACAUCAACUGUGAUUUGUUGGGUGGGGCCACACCAUUGCUGUAUGUAGCACUCUUGGGGCACACUGAAGUGUUUAAAUUACUGGUAAGGAAAGGAGCCGAUGUGACAAAGGUAGAUGAUUACAAGGAAAAUAUCCUUCAUCGUUCCUGUGAAAAAGGAAAUUUGGAGAUCGUGAGAUAUAUCCACACAAAAAACAUUGUGGACUUAAACAGUGAAGAAGAUGAAGGUAUGACAGCGGUGUUACUUGCAGCACAAUCGGGGACAAGAGAUGUGUUUGACUUAUUGGCGGAGAGAGGAGCUGAUGUGUCAGUUGUAAACACUUAUGGUAAAAAUAUUCUUCAUUUGGCCUGUGACGGAGAAGAUAAAAAGAUAGUGAAGUAUGUCCUCACGCAAAACAUUGUGGACAUCAACAGUAAACAAAAUGAAGGGAUGACAGCGGUGUUACUUGCAGCACAAUCGGGGACAAGAGCUUGGUAUUCCGAGUGCAGGAGUAGGGACGACCUCGAGCAGGACAGUGAUGACGAUUUUGUCCUUUAUUUCCCCAAGAGCUCAUUCCCUGUCAAAAUGCGCGUUGACAGAACUAUGAAUAAUAUCAGGUGA